GGCGGGAAAAAACGCAAGCGGGCGAAACAAUUGUUUACAUUUUUUCUGUCUCAAACAAAAACUCCGGAAAGUCAAUAAAACAUGUCGCUGUCCAAAGUAAAACAAGUUUUGCUGGACAAACUGAAUGAUGAUUUCAUAAGGUGGCAAAAGGCCACGUCUGAUAUUUCUAAAGAAAACAACUCUCUCGUCAUCCAAAUACGAUCACUACAAAAACAAAUUCAAGCGAGCCAAGUAGCAGAGAAAUCUACUUUGGAAGAAAACAGCAAUCUUAAGAUCAUGGUUGACAAGCUGCAAAGCAUUUUGCUGAAGCGCUGUGAUUUAGAAGUUGAAAACAGACAAAAGAGGGAACAAAUUGCAAACAUGAAAGAUACAGCAAAAAAUCUGGAAGAGGAACAUAAGAAGCAGAUGCUAGAAUCAAUGAAAAACCUUGAAGCUGCAAAUGAGGCACACAAAAAGGAAUUGACAAGACUUAAAGAUGAGGCCGCUCAGCAAACUAAACGGGAGCUUGCACUUACGGAUAAGUCCAUUCAGGAGCAGGCCUGUGAGAUAAGACAAUUACAAAAGCAACUUGUCGAUAUGGAGAGGGAAAAACAUACAGAACUCGUCAAGCUACGGUUAGAGUAUGAUGCUAAAUUACUCAAAGUCCAGAAGUCGAAUGUGAAUAAAUCGCAAAAUGGUCAAAAUGCCAACAGUAACAGUGACAUAUUUCGCAAGAAGUUGCAAGCGGUAAGGUCAGAGUCGGAACGUGAGAUUACAAACUUGAAAAGUAAAGUGGCACAACUAGAGAGACGGCUGGCCCGAGAACAGAACUCUCAGACACCGCAUUCGCAGCCUUUUUCACUCAAAAGGAAGAGGUUUUAGAACAAGAACAAAGGCACCUCAUUAGCAGCAAUUUCCGCCACGUGAAAUCAUUUCUAUAAUUUAUCUAUCCUUGUUCUUAUGUUUGUUUUGCAUCCUCUCAGUAAAGCAAAUAACCUCUAUACUACCUCCGACUACAUGAUUAAUUUUUGGGGGUGUUCAUUAAAUACUCUCAGAACUAGGGAAAGGGAAAAUUUGACUCCCCUCAAGAAAUAGAGACCCUUUUGGAGCGCCCGUGAAGGUCGCAGGGAAGUCUAGAAUCUGUGUUUCCUAAGUAUUUCUCCGGAAGAAUAUUACCGUAAGUACGUAACUCUUGUGCUUCAUAGGGAAAAAACUGGACGCAUCGUCGUGUGCGACCUUGUAUUAAGUAAAUAUCAUUUAUUAUUUUAAAUUAAACAAUAGUUCAUUUUAA